GCCUCCCUCGCACUACGCCGCAGCGCGCCCCGGGCUUGGCCGACCCGGGGGAACCACGGCCAGGCAACCUAGCGGUGCCGCGCUGCACGCCUCCUGAGAGCUACUGAUUGUCUUAGAAGAAACAUGAAGUCAUAUUCUGUUGUUUUGUUUACUGUAGCCAUCUUGGUGUUCCUGACUUGGAUCCCUGUGUCACUGAGUUGUAACAAAGCACUCUGUGCUAGUGAUGUGAGCAAAUGCCUCAUUCAGGAGCUCUGCCAGUGCCGACCUGGAGAAGGAAAUUGUUCCUGCUGCAAGGAGUGUAUGCUAUGUCUUGGGACCCUUUGGGAUGAGUGCUGUGAUUGUGUUGGUAUGUGUAAUCCUCGAAAUUAUAGUGACACACCUCCCACUUCAAAGAGCACAGUGGAGGAGCUUCAUGAACCAAUCCCUUCUCUCUUCCGGGCACUCACAGAAGGAGACACUCAGUUGAACUGGAACAUCGUCUCCUUCCCUGUUGCAGAAGAACUUUCACAUCAUGAGAAUCUGGUUUCAUUUUUAGAGACUGUAAACCAGCCACACCACCAAAAUGUGUCUGUUCCCAGCAAUAAUGUUCAUGCACCUUAUUCCAGUGACAAAGAACACAUGUGUACUGUGGUUUAUUUUGAUGACUGCAUGUCGAUACAUCAGUGUAAAAUAUCCUGUGAGUCCAUGGGGGCAUCCAAAUAUCGCUGGUUCCAUAACGCCUGCUGCGAAUGUAUUGGUCCAGAAUGUAUUGACUAUGGUAGUAAAACUGUCAAAUGUAUGAACUGCAUGUUUUAAAGAAGGCAAAGAAAUGGAAACCAAAACAGUUGAGUCAAAAACAAAGGUAUGAAAAGCUAUUCACUAAGGUCUGCUGGUUGCAUCAAUACCAGCAGGUUAAGAAGAUGUAAAGAAUUUGGACUGAGUUGCUUUUAAAGUAUGUCAAAUUCAGUAGUGUGUUAAAUUCUGACAACUGCUCACAUUGAUUUUACUGUCCACUAGCAAUAAGCCCUUUCCUCUAAAUACAUGUACAGCUUUGGUCAUAUGAGAAGCAAUUGCACAGAGAAUACUUGAAAAGAUCUGAGGUUUCUAACAUAAGGCCUGAUGUCAUUUUCUUAUAACAUUCCAAAAACUUUUUGUUUUGGAAGUGUUAGAACAUGUCAACAUAAUGUAUGUUUUCUUCAUGUACUGUUCCUAAGACACUGAGUUUUUAUCGUUCUAUGCCAUUCUUCACUGUGCAUUGUAUUGUUUAUCUGUUCUAUAAGUAGGGUAGAUAUCCAAAUAUAUUACCCUGAGAAUUCAUUAAAAUCACCAUUUAAAAAGCUUAAUUUUAAACCUUUUUAUGUUGGUUUUAGAAAGUAAAUGCUUACUAUAUUUUACAAUUUAUUAUCCUGACAUAGUAGAAUUCAUCCAAUAAUACACAUACUUUAGGGAAAGUUUCUCCUUCUCUUCCGUCCCCCUGCCCAAAGUGCUGAUGUAGGUACUAAUGAAUAAUCUUUGUCAAGAAUUUCAUGGUACACCUAUCAGACUGCAUUAAAUAUACUGCUAGCUUAAGUAGUUAGGAAAUUAAAGCAUUUCUCUGACUUAAGGUACCAGUUUAAAGAGCACUAGGAAUGGGAAGACUGUCAGAUCAGACUCACAUAGAGAAACAAGGAAACAAUUUGUCCCUUGUAUGGAAAUGGUGAAGUUGGAAGGUGAAGCUGUGCUGAAGCGAAGAGUGACCCACUUAGCCUCAGCACACAGCCACAUUCUGCCGUGGAUGAGUGGUAGGAGAGGCUGAAGAAGAUAAUUUACGGGUAUGAGCUGGGAAGGUUGAAAAUCCUGGGGAUUCUGAUGGGAAACAAACUUAAAACUAUUUACAUUAAUUAUUUUGUUGCUUUGUAAUCUUUCUUUUAGGUUUAUAUCUAGAACAAAUGUUCUUAUUUUAAACAGGUAUAAUCAUACAGUAGGAGGUUAAGAUUAUGAAACCAAAAAAAAAAAAUCUCUGUUCAAGAUAUUAACCUCAAAUAUACUACAGAAUAUUUUGCCAGCUUUUUAUAUGAUGUUUCAAUAAAGAUAAGCUUAGAUACUGUGUGCCCUUCAUAGUAAUAAUAUUGUAAUCUUCAAGCAUCUAAAAAUAUUUAUAUUACAGAGACUCUUAACUUUACAAAAUUACUGAUUUCUCAAAUGGGACACAUUUGAGUUACACAUAACUUUUUAGGAAUACCUCUUUGUAUGUCUAAAUAUGUUACAUAGAUAAUGCUCUUAGAUACUUUGUAUUUAUAUUCAUUAUCUGAACAGUAGUUAGUUACAAGAUCAUAUGUAAUAUUAUGAUUAACUACCAUAAACUUUGAAGCCUUAAUACCUUUUCUGCUCUUUCAGAUAACUGAUGAAUAAUCAAGGUACCUUAGCUUUUUAUAAAGUUGAAAUGUAGGUUAUGGAUGUUGUUUUUUAUAGGAAAACAUUGGGAUUUCCUUUUCUUACUUUUAUCUAGAAUGCCUCUGUUUAAAAGUGCCUUGAAAACAUAUUAGCUCCAAUAAAGGUGAAAGUUUUCUUGAACUUAAGAAAGUUUUAAAGGAAUCUGUAGCCCGUUGGUUCAUUUCAACUUUGCAGUUUUUCAGAGUAAUUUCAUAUUUAUGUUUAGAAUACUUCUGUGUUUAUUGACAACAUGCUUAAUGUUUCCUUUAAUACAGGAGCAAACUUUUUAAAACUGCAUUCAUCAUCUUUUUUAGGUCUUCAUUAUUAAAUUUUAAAAUGUAAUAUAUCUCUGCCCCCCACAUUGGAAAGGUAAUUUCUUGAACCAUAUUAUGUUUUAACUGAUUUUUCUUACUCUCUUUCUCCCAAUAGAAAUUAUCCCUAAAUGUAAUGCCCAAUUUUCUGGUUUAUGAAGGUGUUGAAAGACAAAGUUCACCUGAAAGAUUCCAUUUCAGUUUUGAAUAACAAUAUUUUUUCAAAUUAAAAGUAUAAAAUUUGGGAAGCCAAUAGCCCCACUAAAAUUUAGACCUUCUAUUCCCAUUCUAAGCACAAUUCACUUCUACAGAAGCUCUGGUAAAAAAAAAAAAAAAAGUUGUUUUUGGUUUUUUUUUU